AUGGCGGUGUGGGCACAUGGUGAUACACGUCAACGUCAGUUUGACUCGGGUGGCCCUAGAACCUUGCCAGCAUGGUACCAUUGGGUGUUACUUCACAAUGAAGCGACUACUUCAGGAUCAGCUUACAUGGGUGAUGCACAGAGAAGAGCUCAGACUGUUGGAGCCUCAUCCAAUAGUGGGACACAGGCUACUGUAGCUGGUAGAGAGAGUACUCAAUAG